AUGUCCGGUACGGCGACUAGUUGUGACCACGUCAGUCAACCUGGAUGCAUCGUUAACGCUCUUCAAUCAGGAUUUGAGGAUUUAAAACAGAAGACAAUUAUGGAUUUCGAUGCUAUCCUAGAAGACGUGGGAGAGUUCGGUCGUUACCAGAAGCUGGUGAUAUACUUUAUGCUACUUCCCGCCGUAAUACCGUGCGGGUUUCAUGCGUAUGCGCAACUCUUUAUGGCUGGCGAAGUCAAGCAUUGGUGCAAAGUGCCGGAGUUGGAAGGCCAAGAUUUGGAAUUCGCGAAAAAUUUUAGUAUACCGAAAGAACUACGUAACGGAAUUUUGGAGUACUCGCAAUGCGAGAUGUACAAUAUGAACUAUACGGAUAUUUUGACGCAAUAUCCUAUCGAUGUGUUCCCGCAAGAGGGUUCAGCGGAUGUGGUCCCUUGUCAAAAUGGUUGGGUGUAUGAAAAUACAGUUUAUCAGAGUACAGUUGUAACAGAGUGGGAUCUGGUCUGUGACAAAGAUUUCUUCCCAACGUUAGGAUUGGUACUUCUGGCCGUUGGAGGAAUCAUUGGAAACUACAUUUUUGGAUAUCUUCAAGAUACGUUUGGACGGAAGCCCUCAUUCUUUAUUUACCUCUUGAUAGAGUGCAUUUUUGGAGUGGCAACAGCAUUAGCACAGAAUUAUUACAUCUGGGUCUUAUUUAGGUUUGGCGUUGGUUUUACUGUUCCAGCUAUUAUGGCAACUCCUUACGUUUUAGCGAUCGAACUAGUGGGUCCAAGAUGUCGUACUCUUUGCACAAUCCUUUCCAAUAUCGCCUACUCGCUGGGUCUCAUUCUCUUAGCUGGUGUUGUCUACCUGGUCAGAGACUGGCGCUAUCUGGCUUUGGCAACCACUUUGCCUUUCAUUGUUUUCUUUUUAUACAUUUGGCCGAUGCCCGAAAGCCCUCGAUGGCUGCUCGCUAGAGGGCAAUUUGAAAAGGCUGAAGUAAUUCUGAAGAAAAUGGCCCGGAUAAACGGAAAAUCACUGCCAAAGAACUACAUGGUCCACCUACGACGGAAGUACGAAUCGGACAAGCUCCAACAAGAUCUAGAAAGAGAAGAAAUCUAG